UGGGAUACUAAAUAAGUACCGAAAAAUAGUUGCGGAUGUCAUGAAAGUUAUGGAGCCUGUCUGUGCACCUCUUGCUGUGGCUGUAGUUAAUUUUUCAACAUCUCUAUGUAGAGUAGUUAAAAGUGUUGCUGUUGCUGGGGCAAAUGAGGGGUGUUCUACCUCAAUUGCGGAACUCUCUGCAGCAUCCCAGAGAGGCUGCCACGAAGCAUUGGGAGUCUCUAAUGUCAAAAAAUUAAUUUGGUAUUUAAAUUUUUUUGCUUUUAUUACCUAUAAUUUCAUUUUAGUAUACAAAAAAUAUACUUAA